AUGUGUUAUAUUGGCCUGAUUGUAUUAUUUGUUGUUAAUUCAGUUUUAGCUAAAAAUAUAUUAAGAUACAAUCUCGAGGAUGCCUCGAAACAUUUCGAAACAUUCAGGAGAACUUACAACAAGGAAUACGAUGGAACAGAAAAAGCGUUAAGAUUUGAAAUAUUUGUGAAAAAUUUGGAAAAAAUCAACGAAUUGAACGAAGGAAGUGACAGCCCUGUUUUUGGUAUAACCCAAUUUAGUGAUUUAACGUCUGAAGAAUUCGUACAAAUGUAUUCUGGUUACAAAAGUGACAAUCGUACCGCUUAUUUAAUCGAUCGUAGUGCAAUGGAAGAGCAUUAUAUAGCACGAGAUAUACCAGAAUCGUUUGAUUGGCGUGACAAAAAAGUAGUCGGUGAAGUAAAAAAUCAAGGGCAAUGUCAAUGCUGCUGGGCGUUUGCUGUUACCGGUAAUUUGGAAAGUGCUUACGCUAUUAAACAUAAUCAAUCAGUCCGUUUGUCUGAACAACAAUUAGUGGAUUGUGAUAAAAUGUGUUCUGGCUGUAACGGAGGAAAUGUGGGUGUCGCGUGCGAGUACUUACGACAAUGUGGAUCCAUGACAGAAGACAAAUAUCCUUACGAAGAAAGAGACAACGUUUGUCGAUACAAUUCUACAAAUAUUCGAGUUAAGGUUAAAAGCUGUAGGGCAAUACAAGUAACAGAAGACGAGUUGGCAUAUCAAUUAUACAGCAUUGGACCAUUGAUGAUAGGGGUGAACUCCGAAAAAUUACAACCUUACAGAGGUGGACUUUUGACAGAUUGUAAGGCGGGGGAAAUUAACCACGCGAUCCUUCUGGUUGGUUAUGGAACAGAUGAGGAUGGCAAUAAAUAUUGGCUGGCGAAGAACUCUUGGGGUACUGUGUUUGGCGAACAUGGAUACUUGAGGAUGCUGCGAGGAGUGAACUGUCUUAACCUCAUGGCUGAACCGGCUAUUACUGCUGUAGUAGAAUGA